AUGUCCACCCCGUCCCCCACCGUUGCCGUGCACGAGCACAAGGCCACCAUCAAGAGUGUUGACAUGUCCGAGGAGAUGCAGCAGGUCGCGGUCGACACGGCCAUUGCUGCGCUUGCCAAGUACGAGCACGAGAAGGACCACGAAAAGGAUGCGGCCAUGUACAUCAAGAAGGAGUUUGACCGGCUGUACAACACCACAUGGCACUGUGUGGUUGGCAAGAACUUUGGAAGCUUUGUCACUCACGAGACCAAGAACUUCAUCUACUUUUACCUCGGCCCCACCGUCGCCAUCCUCCUCUGGAAGACGUCUUAG